AUGUCAAAUGAUAUCAAAGUGUCGAUGUGCAUUAAACCAUUUCCAGAGUUCUCUAUGGACAUGGGAAAAGUAUUCUGCUCAGUCUGCAGCAAAAUUAUUAUAUCUGAGAAAAGGUUUCUAAUAUUACAGCAUGUUAAAACUGCAUCACAUGUGGCUAAACAAGGCAAAGUGACAUCUGAAGGAAAAAAGCAACCGUCAAUAUCAAAGUGCUUUCAAUCUAAUGUUGCCAAAAGUUCAAGUGCGCUUGACUUCAGGCAAGAUUUAUGUCGAGCAUUGGUGACGUCAAAUAUACCCUUAUCAAAACUGUCAAAUGAUAAUUUUCAAUUUUUUCUUCAAAAGUAUUGUAAAUUUAAUAUACCCAUCGAAAGAACUCUAAGAAGAACAGAAAUUGAUUAUGUAUAUUCCUCUGUACUGAAUAGCAUAAUAUUAGAGAUAGUGAAUAAUCAUUUUUUAUAA